GUGCCAUCGCACUCCUUCCCUUUUCCGGUUCCGUUUUGCCGGAUUGAUAGAGGACGUCAGGCUCGCGAUCGGCGUCUCCUCUAGGGCUUCCGAUCCCCUUCGCUCCCUCUCCCCCUUCUUGGCUCGAGAUCGCCGAGCCACAUCCAGGGAAAGGAACGAUCGGAGGAGAGAAGAUGGCGUCGCUUAAGGAUGAGGGUUUUUUGACGGAGGAGCAGAGGGAGGCGCUGAGUAUAGCGGCGCAGAAAGCGGAGGCGUUGUCCUCCUCGCCCAGAUCGGAAGCGGGGCUUGCCGAGACUCAUGCCAAGGGAGCGAGGAAUGUGCGGCGCACGCGUUCGGGGAAGCUUGUAAGAGUAAAAAAGGAUGGAGCCGGUGGCAAAGGAACUUGGGGCAUGCUCUUGGAUACUGAUACUGAUUCACACAUGGAUCCAAAUGAUCCUAAUUAUGAUAGCGGAGAGGAAUCAGAUCAGCUAGAUGGUACCACAAUUUGUAACCUUGUACAUGACUACAAAAAAUCUAUAACAACAAUCAUUAAGGAGUACUUCAGCACUGGUGAUGUAUGCUUAGCCGUAACAGAUCUUAGAGACCUUAGCUCUGACGAAUACCAUCACUUCUUUGUUAAGAAACUUGUUUCCAUGGCAAUGGAUAGGCGUGCCAAAGAGAAGGAGAUGGCAUCUGUUCUGCUAUCUGCUCUGUAUGCAGAUGUGAUCAGUUCAUCUCAAAUCAGACAGGGUUUUCUCAUGCUACUUGAGUCAGUUGAUGAUUUGGCUCUUGACAUACUUGAUGCUGUUGACGUGCUGGCUUUAUUUAUAGCUCGUGCUGUUGUUGAUGAAAUCCUACCACCUGUCUUUCUCACAAAAGCAAAGAAAACGCUUCCUGAAUCUUCUAAAGGCCUUUGUGUCAUUGAAACUGUGGAAAAGAGCUACCUCUCAGCUCCCCAUCAUGCAGAAUUAGUUGAGCGUAAAUGGGGUGGCACCACCCAACUUAUUGUUGAAGAGGUUAAAAAGAAGAUUGCAGAUUUGUUGAGGGAAUAUAUUGAGAAUGGAGAUGCAACAGAGGCCUGCAGAUGCAUCAGGGAGUUGGGAGUCUCAUUCUUCCAUCAUGAGGUAGUGAAACGAGCUCUGAUCCUUGCUGUGGAAAUCCACACGGCAGAACCUCUUAUGCUAAAGCUUUUAAAAAAAACGUCUGAAGAAUUCCUAAUUAGUCCUAGUCAGAUGACCAAGGGUUUCUCUAGGCUUAAUGAGAGUCUUGAUGAUCUAUCUCUAGACGUUCCUGCUGCAAAAUCAAUGUAUGAGAAUAUAGUAAACGUAGCAAUUUCUGAUGGAUGGCUGGACCCUUCUUUACUCAAGUCAAAUGGGGCAGAUGAGGAGUUCAAAGAUGAAGUUUAUGAUAGAUUGAAGAAAUACAAAGAAGAAACUGUCAACAUAAUACGGGAAUAUUUCCUCUCCGAUGACAUCCUGGAGCUUAUCAGAAGUCUCGAAGACUUGGGUGCUGCUAAGUAUAAUCCUAUUUUUAUCAAGAAACUGAUAACACUUGCACUGGACCGCAAGAACAGGGAGAAGGAAAUGGCAUCUGCUCUUUUAUCCGCCCUCAGUAUGGAAAUGUUUUCCAGAGAGGACGUUGUGGAUGGAUUCAUAAUGCUACUUGAAUCCACGGAGGACACUGCAUUGGACAUUUUGAAUGCUUCCAAUGAGCUAGCUCUAUUUCUGGCAAGGGCCGUCAUUGAUGAUGUCCUAGCGCCACUCAACCUGGAGGAGAUCAACAGCAUGCUUCCCCAAAAUUGCAGGGGUAGAGAAACAGUUCAGAUGGCCCGCUCGCUAGUUUCUGCUCGACAUGCUGGUGAGAGGCUUCUGAGAUGUUGGGGUGGCGGCAUCGGCUGGACAGUGGAGGAUGCAAAGGACAAGAUUAUAAAACUUCUGGAGGAGUAUGAGAGUGGAGGUGACAUCAGAGAAGCCCGGCAAUGUAUCCGUGAUUUGGCAAUGCCUUUCUUCAUUCAUGAAGUAGUGAAGAAAGCUUUAGUGAUGGCUAUGGAAAAGAAGAAUGACAGGUUACUGGGUUUACUGCAGGAGUGUUUUAGCGAAGGAUUGAUUACUGUCUACCAAAUGACCAAAGGGUUCGCCCGUGUGAAGGAUGGUCUCGAUGACAUUGCCCUCGAUAUUCCUAACGCAGAGGAAAAGUUCCAAGAAUAUGUGGAGCACGCGAGGAAGCAUGGCUGGCUUCUGCCAUCCUUUUAGGUAGCUACUCCCCAUCCUUUAUCCAAGUCCCAUGUCUAUUUUUUUUUUGUCCUCUGCCCAUCUUAUUGCUUUAAGCCGUGCUAAGAUGCAUCUCUAAUGCCUUAGUUGGGACGUUUGCAUCUUUGUUUAGGGUAGAUCAUCCCUUCAAUUUUUUCCCCCUUCUGAAAUUGUAGCAAAUUAAAUUUUCAACAGAUUUACUAUAUUAGUUGGACAGUCA